UUCACACCACAUGCAAAUAGCCUGACCUGCCAUGCCUGACACUUCGAGGUGACAAAGAUCACCUGUUAGCGUCUGUCUCUAAUCAGGUGACGGUACCGUGACCGUUCAUCUCAUUCGUUCGACUUUCUUCCCGUCGCACAGCGUCACUUCAAUCUCGCUUUAUUCGUGUGCGGGCGGCUGUUUCUUCUCAACAUGGUCGACUUCGAAAUCCGCGACGAGAUCAUUCUGCACAAUGAGUUGGGGAGAGGAAGCUACGGCAGGGUGUGUGUUGGCGACUGGAAAGGGACGCCUGUUGCUGUCAAAAUGAUCAACGGUGACGGUCAACUAGUUGCCGACGUUUUCACGAGAUUUUUGCAGAAUUUCGUCGAGGAAUGGAAGACACUGAAAUCGCUUCGUCAUCCGAAUGUUCUUCAGUUUUAUGGUGUUUGCAGCCCUGAUAGCGACCAUCCCAAGAUGGUGAUGGAGCUGAUGCAUCAGAGUCUGGAUCAUCGCCUGCGCGACGGCGCGCCUCUCACACACGUUGCUCGCCUGUACGUUCUGCGAUCAAUCGUUUGUGGAUUACGGUACAUGCACGAAUUGCCUGAUCCGGUUGUCCAUCGGGAUUUGUCGAGCAAGAACAUUCUUCUGUCACGUGACGCGUCGCAUGUGAAGAUUGCCGAUUUGGGAGUCGCUAAAGCACUCGAAGACUUGCAGUCGAUGACAGGAACGGUCACGCCCGGAACGGAGUUGUACACACCUCCUGAGGUGAGAUGCGGUGGUGCGACGCGACCGAGUCUCGACAUCUUCUCGUUUGGAGUCAUCGCGAUCGAGACGCUUACCGGACGGUCUCCCUCCCCGUUGCCUCUUCUUGUUGCCGUCCGCGGCCACCCCGGUCAGUUCCGGACUCUUCCCGAGGUCGAGAGGCGUCGGGAGGAUCUCGACCAUCUUCCACGGGCUCAUCCAUUGCGAGCCGUAAUUUGUCAAUGUCUCGAUGAGGCAACCAGGAGGCCGACUGCCAGCCAAGUACUAAAGACGUUCAAUCUGCCUGGUAAGUAUGAUCUCAAGCAUGCUCGCCCAUCGAGCGAGGACGCAUACAUCCUGGUAAGAGAGUAUGGUGGCAUAAUGGGUGUCGACGUUACGGCAUUGCAAAAUCGGCGCCAGUCGAAGGUUUUUGAAGUCGACACGACUCGGAAGAUGGAGCAGCUCGAGUUGGAGGUGGAGCGCGAGAGGAACGCGUCGGCGGCGGCCGUCAUGCGGGUCUCUCUUCAGGGAACGCUGAGAAACUUGUCUUACCGGAGCCAGAUGGCGGGGAUAUGCAAACCGGUCGUAUUCCUUCAAAAGGAGAAUAAGCAAGAAUUUAACGUGUGGAAAUCUGUUCCGGGGCUGCCGGCCCCGCAAAAAGCACCCCCGAUGACCAUCUUCAACGAUCACCUCGUCGUCGCCGAGAGCCAGUCGGAGUCGCUCCAUUUCAUCGAUCUUAAAACGUGGGGCGUGACGAAAACCGCCAAGUACUGGAACACGCACAUGAAUUUCCAGGCGCUGAUCACCCACUGCGACCAUCUCUUCGCCGUCAUGUGGAACAAACUCACAUGGCGCUACAGAGUCGAGGAAUACACGACGGACCAGAACACGUGGUCGCCCGUCGCCGACAUGCCCGACGAGCUAGAAGUGAGCAACGCGACGAUAGCGUCGACACACGACAAGCUGUUCAUCCUUGGCGGCACCACGCGAAACAACGACGCGAUCAACAACUCGUGGGUGUACGACUUCAACGAGGGCCAGUGGGACGUACUGCCGAGCAUGCCGACACGUCGCUCCGCAGUCUCGUGCGUCGUGACGGACGAGCAGCUGUGCGUCGGCGGCGGCGUCCUGCCUGACGGUACCGCAUGCAACGAUUUCUGCGUCAUGUCGUUAGAGUCUCGUCAGUGGCACACGUUUUCGAGCACGACGAAUUAUGCUUGUAGUCUGGGGACGAUUCAGGGGUUGCCGAUUGCUGCCGGUGGUCGUAGCGACAAAAGGAAGAAGAAGACGGUUAGCAGUCACGUGGAGCUGUAUGAUUAUCACGUGGGAGCGUGGCUACCGCUUCCUCCGUUACCGACGGCGAGAUGGCAGCCGAGUUUGUGUACAAGCGACGUUGAUGUGAUGAUUGUGGCCGGUGGGGCGUCGAAGAAGGGCGAUCAUAGUGCAAUUGAGAUACUAGACUCUGCGAAUCGUCGGCGUCUGCCAGUCUGCGUCGAGAUCGCGACGAGUAUGGUCGAUUUUACUAUCAAAGAUCCAAUUGAAGUCCUCGAGGUGAUUGGGCAGGGAACGUAUGGCAAGGUAUAUCACGGUCGAUGGAAGGGUUCUGCUGUUGCCAUCAGGGUGGGUGACUACGAUAAACGGCUGUCUCAGUCACUCUCUCGGAGCUUCGAUCAGACCCUCGUUAGGGAUCUGACCGCCAAUAGGUGGUUGUCUCAUCCGAAUCUCCUGCAGUACUUUGGCAUUGCCGAGUUCGACGGUCAUCCUAUCGUCAUCAUGGAGCUUAUGUACGAGAGUCUCGAUCACCGCCUCCGUAACGGUCCGACCCUCCCGUCGAUGGCGCGCCUCUUCAUUGCACGGAGUGUUGCCUGCGGUCUCCGCUAUCUACACGAACUGCCGUUGCCCAUCAUUCACCGUUAUCUCUCCAGCCGAGCCGUCAUGCUAUCGCGCGACUGUCCGCAGGUUAAGAUCGCUGACGUCGGCAGUGGCGGAGCCGUCGACAUUUAUCUGUCAGAAGGACGGACCAUCCAGCAUUCGGCGAGACACUACAUGCCACCUGAAAGCGUAGGGGGAGGAAGAGACAACAAUAGUCAUGCAAGUUUUGAUAUGUUUUCUUACGGUGUUCUCGCUAUUGAGACCAUUUCCGGUCGGACCCCGUCACCAUCGCCUCUGCUCGCACCCAAGCGAGGAUGCCCUGGCCAAUUUGUCGUCGUUAACGAGCUUGAACGGCGACGGGACGACACUUUUCUGCUUCCGCACGACUAUCCACUUAGAUCAAUUUUCUUGCAGUGCCUGAAAGAGCCACCGCAACGACCGACCGCCGCCAGGAUUUUGGACAGUUUCCGUUUGAUGAAUCGUCAUCAGUCGCAGCAGCGAACUGAUGCUAUUGACACUGAAAUCUUGCGUAAGUCGUCGUCUGGUGGAGACGUGGGUGGUACGUCGUCUGUCUCUUGCGCUACUCCUAUUGUCUCCCACCUUCGUCGAUUUGAAAUUUUGCAUAAAAUUGAGGCUCUGGAGCAGAGGCUGAAUAAGCAGGAAGAGUGUAAAGGGAGGCAAAUUGUGAUGACGUCUCGAAGGCUUUCUCUUAAAAUUUUGUCUUGCCACUUUCAAAUGUUGUCAGCAAAACAUACUAUUCAGAAAUGUGCUGAGAAAUUGAAGAAGCAGGUUAGUGUUUGGCAUGUGGCACCUAGGCUGUCAAUCCUAGGCAAGAACCUUCCAGUUGCAACAUUUCAAAAGGAACUUGUCACCUGCUCUUGUAAUUCUGGAUUGAUAAAUUUUCAGUUCAUCGACAUUACCAGUUGGAGUGUGAACCGUGUUGUGAAAUACACAGCCAACCAACUGGAGUGUCACAGCUGCAUUGCAUUUGAAGAUAGACUUUUUGCUGUGAUGUGGAAUACAACGACAUGGAAAUAUCGAGUCACCGAAUAUAAUCCAAAUGACAACUUGUGGUCAAGCACGAAGCAAAUUGACACUAAAAACGAGGUAAGCGAAGUGUCUGUUGUGUGUCACGAGGGUCAAGUCUUUUUGGUCGGUGGUAUCGAUCGAAGGAAACAAACAAUCUCAUGUGUGUGGAGAUACGAUAUUGCAUCUUGUGUUUGUGAGUCUAUGCCUGACAUGCCAACUGCUCGCUACUCUUGUUCUUGUACUAUUGUGGAUGGUUCUCUGUGUGUAGCUGGAGGAAGACUUCACAAUGGUCGUGCCAGCAAUCAGUUUGAUAUCAUGAAUUUGCACAGUCGAGAGUGGCAGAAGCUCCCGCCAACUGGCAAUAACAAUCCCAGUCUAGGACAAGUAGGAAAAAUGCCUUUGGCAGUUGGUGGUCGCAAAAACAAACACAAACUGUCAAAUGAUGUGGAAGUAUAUGAUGUUGUUCUGCAACAGUGGCUGCCAUUGCCAUCCAUAGGUGUACCAAGAGAAGGUUCAACAAUCUUCGAACUUGAACAGGGAAUGGUUGUUGUUGUUGGUGGAUGUGCCAAUGAGAAAGUAAACACAGCAGAAGUUAUGAACCUCCGUGAUCUGAUUGAAACUGAUAGUGUAGGUUAA